GGUGGUUGCCGGGAGACUGAGGGAAAGAGGGCGGUUUGGAUCUCCGGGCAAAAUGGACAAGCGGGGCCGGGGCGCUAAGAUGUCCUCCCCCCAGAACACUCAGAACCCUUCGAACUCUCAGACGCCGCCGACCACGGCUAAGAAGGAGAGGAGGCCUAGCAUGUUCGAUAAGGAGUCAUAUGCACAGAUCUUAAAGGAAAGACUAAGAGACUCAAUACAUGAUGUUCAGUAUGUAGAGCCUCCAUUUGACGACUCAAUUGCUGAUAUAGGUAAAGAAUGGAAGAGUGCCCUGGCAAAAUUAAAGUUUGCUAAUUCAUAUAGAAUGGAGCCAUUGAAGAAAUUCCAAGCUCAUACAGUAGAAAUAAAAGUCCAGCAGAUAUUAAAGGAAAGUCUUAAAGAUGUCAAAUAUGAUGAGAAAGUCUUCUCUCAUUUGUCGCUUGAAUUGGCAGACCGUAUACUGUUGGCAAUCAAAGAAUUUGGAUUCCACCGUUAUAAGUUUAUUAUAAAAAUAUUAUUUAUUCAAAAGACUGGCCAGGCAAUAAAUGUUGCCAGCAGAUGGAUCUGGGAUGUUGCCUGGGACAGCUGGGUUGCAGCUAAACAUGAAACUGAAACUUACGUUGCACUGGCCUUGGUAUUUGCUCUUUAUUGUGAAUAGUGUGUUACAUGUACUUAAGAGUGUUUGCUUAAGAACUAGUCAAAAAGACGUGAGCCUCUUAGUAGUUUUAAGUACUUUUUUAAAUCACCAAUUGAAGCUUCCUAAUUGUAUUCUUUUAACAACAAACAAGUAAAAGCUAGAUAUUUACUUUUA